CAUCAUAGGGAGAAGGUCCAACGCCUGACGAUAUUGUCGUUUGUUGGUGACUGACAAACCUGACAGGUUUAAUAGACUCGACGGUUCCCUAGUAAAGCACAAUCGACAGGCAGUUCUUGUUGGAAGGUACAGAAGGCACGGAUCGCUGAGCUGCCCAUUUAGAGGCCAACACGAGUCAUUUCCAAGCUUAAGAAAGUUAUAAUCGCCUGAUUCGUAAUCCUCUGGUUUAUGACUGUAGAUACAGGUUCUGCCAUACGGUUGAGUUUACAGGACCGUGCUCACAAAAACAAUGGCCAACGGAACGGCAGCAUGUUUGAAAUGGGUUUCUCUAAAUGAAGCGAUGUCUGAAGUGAAAUUGUCUCAUUUGGACAACAUGGGGAAAAUAGCUGAACUUGAAACAGAAGUCUGCACUCUUUCCGGAGAGUUUGACAGUAUAGCUGUGAAACUGGUCUGUGAGUCGAGGACAACUGAUCUCGAGCCAUCAGAAAGUCUGGCCAAGAGCGACCAAAGUGACCAUGCUACCAUUAAGAGAAAUUGGGACUGGAUACAGACGGUUCUGAGAUGUGCUGAAGUACACAGACAGAACGCUGCUGUAUAUCACCAGUUUUUCUGUGAUGUCAAUCAGACAUGUUACUGGAUGAAAUCUGCCCUGCCAGCCGGCGAUGUCACCAUUCAGUCAAAUAAGUUACCCGACACGGAAGAAUUCUUUGACGAUGUAGAAUUGAAACUGCAGGCUCUUUCAGCCAAGUAUAUUCAGUGGAGCAAUGAAGUAUACCGACUGUUCGAGCGCAGCUGGCAUAUUGUUCCGGUACCUGCCCGUGUGCAUACACUGACAGAGCCACGCCCAGUGGUGGCGCUAGCAGAUUACAAGACCGACGAGAUUGAAUUCUUGAAAGGCGACAAUCUUCUCCUCACUGACAACUCCGAUAAACACAAAUGGCGAGUGACCAACAUCUUCGGUCUCACGACACACGUCGAGUCUGUGCUGAUGUUAAUCCCUGCUGUGUCAGAAGACGCCGUCGAAGCUGCUGUCAAAUUACUGAUAGAUUUCUGUUCACUGUGGACUCGCACCGUUAAGGAUGUUCGACAUCAGUUGAUUCAGCUAAUACUGACUCUCUUCAGCGACUGGUCUGACGAAGAGUUUGACCAACUUCACUACAUGAAGGCAAAAGACAAGAACAUUCUUCUCCACAAUCUUCAAAGUAUCGAGUCGAUAUUCCUGGAGAUACUGGGAGACUCGGAUUCCUUACACAAACUCCAGGAUCACAUCUUUCAACUAAGAACCAUCAUCGAGGAAUCACACGAUGACGACACAACUGAUUCUGUUUUUCUCAAAACAAUUGCGAUGCAGUUCCAGAGAAUGUUGGACAUUACUGUAAUUUUUCAGAUGUUUUGGACUCGGUGGUUUGCUUUCACUGAAAGACUACAGAGGUUUCGAGAUCCAAGCUUGUUCAUGAAUGAAAUUGUUUACACCUACUUCUCAUCGCAGAGAUUUAAGAGAUUUCUCGACACACAUUUGAAAAGUAAACAAACCCUAGCUCUGUCUCCACUUUCACUGCCUUCUACUGAAAAUGUUUCACCAGAAGAAAUAAUCUCCCCGGGAAGUCAUGUCGUCAUAACAACAGAACACACAGACAUAGAAAAAGAAGAACUUCAAACAUCCACGCACGAGGAAUACUUCCGAUAUAUGCUGAAUGCAGCCAUAGAUCCUCGCGACAACACUAAGAUCAGCAUCGAAACUGCCAAAGAGAGAGGCAUACUGGACGCGGACCUGUCGUGUUACACAAAUCCUGUAACCAAGGAAGUAUUGUCCAUUGCUGAGGCACUUCAGAAGGACCUUCUCGUUGGCAAGCUGGUGGUGCAUCGCAAAGAGAAAAAGUCAGAAAAAUCGUAUGGAAUAAUCGUGGUGAAAUCCUUCGAAGAAACCAGCAAGUACAGCAUACAGUUUGUUGUCGAUCCUGUCUCUGGGGAAAAAGUGGACGAAGCCGAAGCAAAAAGAAGAAAAAUAAUUGAUGAAUGUGGAGUCAUGUAUACCCUCAAGGAUGGCAGUUCCAUUUCCGUGAGUUCUGCCAUCUCAAAGGGGCUGGUCAUUCAAGAGGACAAUGAAGACAUUGUUCAGGGUCGUUCCAAGGUCAUAUCCACGACGUAUAUAGUCACAGGCGUAGUUGACCAAAAAAUGCGAACCAAAGUAUCGAUCGAGGAAGGUUUGAAGCUUGGGAUUUUGGAUCGGAAAACAAACGAAUAUGUUCAUAAUGUUACCGGGAAGCGCUAUGGAGUCCAGGAAGCGAUAAAACGCGGAUUCAUCAAGGGCAGACUGUGCAAGGAUCCAAGCAAGCUGGAUUACGAUCCGGAGAACAGCCUGGUCAUCAACAAGUUCAAGAGGGCGAAAGCCAACUUGAUGAGAUCCCUACACGUUAUUAACGCGUUCAAGACCCUCAAACACUGAAUGGGAAUACACUGAAAAAUAGUAAAACACUAAAACAGAGUACCUGAAUACACGAAGGAGGGAUACAAAGACAACUACUAGUAGAGCACCACACAACACCAAACUAAAAUAGUUAUAACUACAACUUUAGCAUGUAAUAAUCUUGAAGAGUAGUUUAACUGUACCACAUAGUGUUUGUAACCAGAGUAUAUAGUCAGAUCUGCUGCAAAAUCAAAUUUGUAAAAAAAUAUAUACCAAAUAUAAUAUAUCCUUCUGUUCAUAUACAGGCGAAAUGUGUAGAUCCUUUUUCAAUAACCUUGUAAACAAGUUUGAUUGUACAUGUAACCUUAAUAGCAACAAAAACAUGUCCUUUUCCAACACUAGUAGUCUUGUUGCUCCAUGCCUAGCUUAAUACGAAUUUAAACAAUUACGUUGCAUAAGUGCAUGAGAUGGAGGGGGUGGUGCGGGGUGCUGAAGCAAAUCUUCGCAUUCGGGCAAAAAAAAUGGAGACGUUCCGCGAAAAUGAGCUGUGCUGAAAUCUCUUCAACUUGUAUUUCCAUCAUUCUACGUAGAAUAUUGGAUGUAAUCCAUGUAAAAUGCACAGUGAUUCAAUUGGAACCCUGUAUAGCUGUUUGAUUGUAAUACUAAUAUGAAUAAACUUGUUAUCCAGAUUGGUGCACUUGCGUUUAAUUCUGUAAAACAAAUUAGCUCUGUCACCCACCACCCCCUCCCAAAUUGUAGCCUGUAGGUCUAUGGGCCUGUAGGAUCCAUAUAUCAAGUGUGUUGGGGGGAGGGGGGGGGGCCACUACCCCCUCCUAAAUUGUAGCCUGUAGGAUCCAUAUAUCAAGUGUGUUGGGUGGAGGGG